CAAGUUUAAAAGCAUAUGUUCCCUUACACAGUGCGUUAAAUUCUAGUCGUGGGACAAAGCUAUCUUCUCUGCCAAUUUUCAUGCUAUCUUCUGAAGAAUUUCUUAUCCCCUUCAAGUGGAAUCGUAAUACGUGAGAUCGUUCUUGUUAGUCCCUUAAAAUGGGAGUGCUGUCGAAUAAGAUUUCGAGGGAGGAAUUGAAACCGGGGGAUCACAUCUAUUCUUGGAGGCAGGCCUAUAUUUAUGCUCAUCACGGGAUUUUUAUUGGUGAUGGAAAGGUGAUCCACUUCACUCGAGGAGGAGGCUUGGAAAUCGGCUCAGGAACGGUACUAGAUCGAUUCCUUGUUAGUUCAUCUCCUCAUUCUCUAGACAAUCCAUGUCCUGUAUGCGGUGAUCAGUCAAAUGGUGAUGGCGUAAUCUGUUCGUGCUUGGAUUGUUUUCUUGGUGGUGGCGAUCUUUACAUCUUUGAAUACGGUGUCACGCACGCGUUCUUCCUCGCGAAAGCUCGUGGCGGGACUUGCACUCUUGCUUCUUCUGAUCCAUCUGAAGUUGUCCUUCAUCGUGCUUCUUUCCUCCUCCAAAAUGGCUUUGGUAUGUACCACAUCUUCAAGAACAACUGUGAAGACUUUGCCAUCUAUUGUAAAACUGGACUGCUUGUUUACACAACCCUUAGCAUCGGUAGGAGCGGGCAAGCUGCGUCAUUUCUCGCGGCCACUAGUGCAAUUGUUUCUUCUCCACUUCGAUUUUUAACCACCAGUUGUAGCGGUCUAGCACUUGUGGGUGUGGGUAUGUAUUGUGCUAGUCGACUUGUUUCUGACAUUGGAGUGCGUCGUGAUGUUGUUAAAAUCCCAGUUGAGGAACUCGUGGCUAGAGUUAGCAGCAGCAAUGCUCCAGAGGAAGCAACACAGACGGACAAGGAAGAGUAGAGUUCAGUAGUGUUGUUCUUGGCUUCAAUUAAACCAAAGAGAUGUCUUGAAAGUGUGAAAAUCGAUUCUUAAUUAUGUACCCGCUUGCAUUAACUAUAUUGUGACUCGUAUUUACAUUGUUGAAACUUGAAGCUGAACUGUAUAUUUAUAUCUCGGAUUUAUUUCUCUUA